AUGCCCCCAACAACACAAAGCCGCAGCUCCCCCAAACCUCGAUAUCCCGUCCUCCCUCUACCUUCCCAAACGAGACUCCUCACCCCACGCACAAUCUCACCCAGAAAACCCAACCAUAGCAAUCAUCGGCAUCGGCUGGGCCGGCUGGACCCUCACCCAGGAAUUAUCAGCCACCACCUCCUCCACCUCUCCCUACAACAUAAUCGCUAUUUCUCGCUCUCGCUCUCGAAAAAUGGCCCUAACACCUCUCCUCGCCUCCGCCGCUUGUUCCAUUUUCGAUUUCCGCAUCGCCGAAGAACCCGUUCGACCUCGCGAUUCCAAAUUCGAAAAAUCAAGCUCUCGUCACAUCGGUCAAUUUCGACAACCAAAUCCUCAAGCAAAGCUUGUAUUGGAGGAAGUGGCGUUAGUGGUGAGCCGAUGGAUUCACCCACCUACAAAGACAUCAAAGAAGAUGAAGCAGAAUUCGAUGUAAAAUACGAUAAAUUGAUUCUAGCUCCUGGAUGCGAAACAAAUACAUUUGGAACACCAGGAGUAAAAGAACAUGCAUUAUUCAUGAAAACCGUACCCGAUGCACGGAGAUUAAGAGAGGGAAUACUAGAUUGUUUAGAACGAGCAUCACUACCUACGAUUUCAGAACAGGAGAAAAAGGAUAUAUUACAUUUUGCAAUUGUGGGAGGCGGACCAACAGGUAUUGAGUUAGCAGCUGAAAUCGACGAGUUAAUUCAAGAACAUCUAGGAGUCGUAUAUCCCCGAUUAAAAGAUUUCUGCACAAUUAGUAUAUACGAUGUCGCGGAUAGAUUACUCGGACAAUUCGGAGAAGAACUCAGUGAAUACGCGAUGGAAAAGUUCGAGAAUAGAGGAUGUGUUAAUAUUAAGACGGGAAAACAUAUCGAGGAGAUAAAAAGGCAUAGGAUGCUCAUUAAAGAAGAAGGGGAGGUUCCAUUUGGGGUAGUAGUUUGGGCGGCGGGUAAUACAGCGGGGAAAUUGGUCGAGGGGUUAAAGUGUAGGAAAAGCGAGGGCUUACCGAGAGUUCUUACGGAUAAAUGGUUGGGGGUUCUCGCGCCAGAUUCUAAUGGUGCCGCAGGACAAGGAAACGGAAAGGAUAUUAUCCAUAAUGUCUAUGCGCUAGGCGACGCGGCAGAUAUCUUAAAUAAUGAAUUACCCACCACAGCAGAAUUUGCGGUGCAGAAAGCAAAAUGGCUCACUCGACAUCUUUUGAAUUCAGCUCUAACCUCUCAUCCGGCGAGCGAAAUGAGCAAAACCAGCUUCUCAACCCUCAAAACCCCAUACAAAACCACAAAACCCCUCACUCCUCCCUUCCAAUACAAGCAAAAAGACCUAAUAGCCUACAUUGGUCGCGGCGACGGCAUCAUACAGAGAAAACCCGAGUGGACGGGUAUAUCGGCAUGGUUGGCGUGGAGAAGUGGGAGUCUUGCUUGGACGAGGGGAUGGAGGAGACGGUUUAUGGUGGUGGUUAACUGGGCUGGGAAUUUGGUUGAUGGGAGGGAGGUUGCUAGGCGGUGA